AUGGCGCCGCGCGGGGCCGCGCUGCUGGUGCCGCUGCUGGUGGCCGCGGCCGCCGCCGAGGCGUCGCUGAGCGGCUACUUCGGCACCAAGUCGCGCUACGAGGAGGUCAACCCGCACCUGCCCGCGCUCUUCGCCGCGCGCCGCCGCCUCGCCCUGGCCAGCAGCUCCAAGCACCGCUGCCUGCAGAGCGGCGCCGCCUUCCGCCGCGGCCUCGGCCCCGCGCCGGGACACGAAGAGGACAUCGAGGUGAACGACCCGCUCCUGCGGUUCUUCGAGCACUGCGAGAAGUUUGUGGCCCUGGUGGAGGAGAACGCCACGGCCAUGCACCAGGUGGAGGCCUUCAAGGAAGGGCCGGAGAUGAGGCGCGUCUUGGAGCGCGUUGCGGGCGCCUUGUGCUUGCCCGCGGACGAGCUCAACGCAGAUCUCGUUCAGGUGGCUUUUCUCACCUGCUCCUACGAGUUGGCAAUAAAAAACGUCACCUCCCCGUGGUGCUCUCUCUUCAGCGAAGAGGAUGCCAAGGUGCUUGAAUACCUGAAUGACCUGAAGCAGUACUGGAAGAGAGGAUAYGGCUACGACAUCAAUAGUCGCUCCAGCUGCAGUUUAUUCCAGGAUAUCUUCCGGCAGCUGGACAAAGCAAUGGAAGAGAGCAAAAGCUCAAAGCCCAUUUCUUCGCCCGUGAUCGUUCAGAUCGGCCACGCAGAGACCCUGCAGCCGCUGCUCGCCCUCAUGGGCUUCUUCAAAGACGAGGAGCCGCUCAGGGCGAACAACUACGCGCGGCAGGCGCAGCGCAAGUUCCGCAGYGGCCGCAUCGUGCCCUACGCGGCCAACCUGGUGUUCGUGCUUUACCACUGCGACCACGCCAAGACCUCCCGCGAGGAGUACCAGCUGCAGAUGCUGCUCAACGAGCAGCUGCUGCCCUUCCAGCACUCGAACCGAACCCUCGCGCUCUACGCGGACCUCAAGGACUAUUACCGGGACAUCCUGCAGAACUGCCGCUUCGAGGAGGAGUGCGAGCUGCCCCGGAGCAACAGCACCGCUGCCGACGAGCUCUGAGGCGCUGCGCGGACACGGACGCGCCUCGGGAGGGCCCUGGGGACUCUCAGCUGGCGGUGACGUGGCGSUCGUCUCCGCUGGCCCAGCUGCCGGCACGUUACGAAAGCCGGCGCCGUGACGGGGUUGUUGCUUUGUGGUGCAAGACGCGGGGGGCCUCUGUGUUUACAUGUGGGAAUAAGGCAUUUUCUAGGUCACUCGCCUUACACAUGCACUGUCGGGGGGGGUUAGGAGCUGAGGCAACCUGCGUUUUAUCAGACUGGAGCUGGCUGGACUGCUUCAGUGCUGCUUCGCACUGGCUGCUUGGCUCGUUUUCCUAGGGCGGGCAUGAAAUAAUCCGGGUUUGGGUUUUUUUUCCCUUUUGCUUCUUUUUCCUGUAUGUUGAGGAUGGGGUUAAAGGAGUUAAAAUUCCUGGAGGCAUCAGCUCAUCCAGCAGAGCAGGUUAGCCGCAGAGGUAAGUCAAUUCUCUUUAAUAAGAUAGCUCUAUCUUUGGGGUGCUGGUUGGAAGGGUCGUCUGCAGGUUUUGAGCCCAGCCUGAAGUGGGACUGCAGCCAACUCGACGUGAGGGGACGUUUGGGCUCUCGGUAGCUGUCGGGCUUAGACUUGACUUUUGCCAGCUUUAGGGCGCUGAGCACGGCAUCACUUUGGUUUUCCAUAAAUGUAUCGCACGCAAGGUGCUUUUAAAAGCAACUUAAAUCAGGUUUUAUUGUCAUUUGAAAAGGGGCAAGGAUUGUAGGGCUGCAGUGAAGCAGAAGAGAGGAGGAGGAGGUGUCCGGAGCCCGAAAUAGAGCCCGUCAAGUGCAGCCCCUCCCCAAAGCAAACGAAGGUGUGUGGUUUACGGCCCCUGAGGUGAGGGGCAGUUUGCUGCCUUUAUGGGGAAGGGGGAAAGGCGGCUGCGAGGACUCGCACGAUGAGYCCCUAUAAACGUUUAUAACCUUGUGUGCUGCAGGGCAACUUGUUUUUUUAGCCUCACCUUCCUGUGGGGUAGACUGAA